CUCAAUUCGUCUUGUUGUAACAUCAGUUUGCACUUCGAGCUAUCGAUAGUAAUAUUCGACUUGAGUUUUAUCUACUUGAGGUUCAAAAAACAAAAAUGAAAUUAUUCGGUUCAUUUGUUGUAAUUCUCGCCCUAUUUAUUGCUGCUUGUCAAGGACAAGAUACUGGCAAAGAUGAUAAAGACACUGGUCUGUACAAUAGAGAUGCAUAUGGAUACAAUAAUCGCUAUGGUACUCUAGGCUACAAUGGAUACAAUGGACGUGGUUAUGGUUACGGCGGGUAUGGAUACAAUCCCACUGGAUACGGAUAUGGAUAUGGUACUAAUGGAUAUGGUACUAAUGGAUAUGGUACUACUGGAUAUGGGACUACUGGAUACGGAGUCAAUGGUUACGGUCGAUCUGGAUACUACUGAAAA